CAGCAGCCACAAGGAGACGAGCCCGGGGAAGGAAGGCAGAGAUGGAGGAGGAGAUGCAGCCAGCAGAGGAGGGGCCCUGCAUCCCCAAAAUCUACAAACAGAGGAGCCCCUACAGCGUCCUCAAGACCUUCUCCAACAAGAGGUCCCUGGCCCGGAGGUACGAAAGACCUACCAUGGUGGAGAUCCCACAUCUGGGAGCAUCUGCAGGGCACCACUUCCAGCACCAUCCAGCAGCCUCCAUCAGUGAGCAGCAGCAUCAUUACCAGCAGGCGCACAGCUCCUAUCAGAACGGGCCCAUCCGAGCAGCCACCUCCACCUCCUCCCAGUACCAGCAGAGGGGAGGUGCCCCAACUGGGCAUCUGGGCUCCACCAACAGGUUCUGCCAGCUGUCCGCCAGUCAGGGCAAUGUUGAACUCAGUACAGAGAGCCGAAUGAUUCUUGAUGCCUUUGCCCAGCAGUGUAGCAGAGUACUGAGCCUGUUGAACUGUGGGGGGAAACUUUUGGACUCGAAGCCUUCCCAGUCUCUGGUGUCAUGUGUGAAACAGGAAAAUAACGGUUACAGUGAGAGGUCAGAGCAAUGCCAGUUUAGUAAAGCCUUUCACAGCCAGUCGACAGACAAACCAGAUGUAGAAAUGCAGUACAUUCAAAAAAAGCAACAGACCUCAGCAUUUUUGAGGGUCUUCACAGAUUCACUUCAAAACUACCUAUUGGCUGGCAGCUUUCCUGCUCGUAAUACCUCAUCUUCAAGUGAUUAUGGUCACUUGACAGACAUGGAUGUUCUUUCGUCUUCUCCAGUGCACACAAUGAGUGGAUGGGCAUCUCCUGCAACCUCUGAAUCACAUGGCCACCCAUCUUCCUCAACACUUCCAGAAGAGGAAGAAGAUGAUGAAGAAGAAGGUUACUGUCCAAGGUGUCAGGAGCUAGAACAAGAAGUUAUCUGUUUACAGCAAGAGAAUGAGGAGCUAAGAAGGAAAUUAGAAAGUAUACCAGUGCCCUGCCAGACAGUGUUAGACUACUUGAAGACUGUUCUUCAUCAUCACAAUCAGUUGGUUAUACCACAACCCGUAGAGCAGCCUUCUGAGGGCAGCAAACAGCUAUUAAACAACUACCCUGUAUACAUAACCAGUAAGCAAUGGGAUGAGGCAGUUAACUCCUCCAAGAAAGAUGGAAGGCGGCUCCUCCGAUACCUCAUAAGAUUUGUUUUCACAACAGAUGAGCUUAAAUAUUCAUGUGGCCUUGGGAAAAGGAAAAGGUCAGUGCAGACAGGAGACUCUGGUCCUGAAAGACGUCCCCUGGAUCCUGUUAAAGUUACAUGUCUCAGAGAAUUUAUUAGGAUGCAUUGCACUUCAAACCCAGACUGGUGGAUGCCAUCUGAGGAGCAGAUCAACAAAGUGUUCAGCGAUGCAGUAGGACAUGCUCGCCAAGGACGUGCUGUGGGAACGUUCUUCCAUAACGGAAACACCUAUUAUGAUGUUAUGGACCACCAAGUCUGUCACGAGGAGAUAUUUAACAGAAUCUCCCAAGAUGGAUCUGGAGAUUGAUGAAGAAUGAGGACCAAAUGAAAGAUUAAAAAAAGUGAAAGAAAAAGUUAGCCACAAAAUGAAAUCUUAAUGUAAUAGUUCAAUUAAUGUGUCUUCAGUGUUUUUUUUUUUUGUUUUUUUUUGCUGUGCAAGGUGCCUAGGACACUUAGUGGGCCCUACCAGCAAUACCAGUCUGCCACUAAACCAGUCCAAAGUAUACUACUAGUCUGUACAGUGUGUGUGCGUGUAAGAAUUUGUCAUCUUGGUAAAUGCUUCAGGGACUUCCCGUGGACUGUAUUAUGUGACUGUUACUCACUCUCUUCUCCAGAUAGAACCCAACACAGAUUCAACAAGGCAUUUGGAAACUGAAUGUCACUGGACAGGAAUGUGUUGGUGUGUUCUGUAGAAUUAGCUUUAAUAGAAUUAAAAUUUUCACAAUUGGGUUAAAUUAUGCAAGAAUUCAACUUGUUCAUCCUGUGUUCAUAAAAUGUCUCCACCA